UUCGAACCGCAUAUAUAAGGACCAGCAGCACCAGGCAUUGGCAUCACAUAUCUUUUCACAUCCCAAGUACACACAUCGACCACAGGUUGAAGUUUGCAGAUUCGUAGUAGAAAACACAAGAAGAAAUCAACAAUUAAGAAAUGGCUUCUUUCAAGAAUCUGAUAUUCAUCGCCUUGGCCGUGUACGCCGUAUCCGCCGAAGAAAACAAGCCCGCCGAUGAUGGAGCAAGAGUGAAGAAACACGCCUACAUCGCUGCUGCCCCAGCUCCGGUCUUGGCUUACUCCGCACCAGCCCCGGCAUAUUCGUACUCGUCAUACUCUAACUACCCAGCCAGCUACACUUACAAAUACGCCGCUCCAGCUACUUACGCCGCUCCAGCUGCUUACGUCGCUCCAACUGCUUAUGCUGCUCCAGCUGCUUACGUCGCACCGGCUGCCUACGCCGCACCAGCUGCAUAUGCCCCACCCCCGUACGCCGCUUACUCGAGUUACGCAACUUACCCAAGUUACGCAGCUUACGACGAUGGAAAAUACUACCCAGGCAAAUACGAGAAAUCGUACUUCCCAGCAGCCUACAAAGCCGCAUACCCGGUCGCCUAUCACUACUGAACACCCGCACUCGCCAAUGAUUCUCAACCUCUCGAUAACAUGCAUACAUUUAAAAAACUACGAUUUUCAACAAUAAAAAUGUGAUCUUUUUUAA